GAAAACCAACCACACAGCAAAACCAGUAAUUUGUCUGCAAUGGCUACGGACAACCAACCACCAAGUCGGGGAAAUUAAAUUUAAUUCUCAGCUGACAAUCCAAACUUGCAGGCUACAGAAACCAACAACAUUGCUACCAGUACCACCACACAUUAUUCUCAUUACAACCUAUUCUCGAUUGAGCCAAUAGUCAGAUAGCAGAAAAAUCUCUCUUCUUUUCUUCCUUUCACCGACCGACAGUCAGUCACAGCUCUUGCAACGUGUAUUUAAGCUUGCAAGACAGCAACCAAAUAAACAAGCCCUGCAAUUUCAAUUUCAAAGCAACCAAAAAUCAAGUUCAUGGAGAAACUGAUUAGUCUCCGCAAUCUCCUGCUGAUGAUAAUGCUCCUUCCAUUCUGGUUAUCACUAGCAGCAGCCUCUGAAUCAACCGUCAAGUAUCUCCCUGGUUUUCAUGGCCCUCUCCCGUUUGACUUGGAAACCGGGUAUAUUGGGGUUGGAGAAGCAGAGGAAUUGCAGCUGUUCUACUACUUUGUGAAAUCGGAGAGGAAUCCUGAGGAAGACCCUCUGCUCCUCUGGCUCACCGGCGGCCCUGGCUGCUCUUCCUUUUCAGGCCUCGCCUAUGAAGUCGGUCCCUUUCGCUUUCAACAAGCGGAAUACAACGGAACCUUGCCGACUUUGGUCUACAAUCCCAACUCCUGGACAAAGGUUGCCAGCAUGAUAUUUAUAGACUCGCCAGUUGGGACUGGAUUCUCUUACGCGACAACCAACUCGUCCGCAAUUCAACCGGGUGACAUUGUCCAAGUUUCCCACGCUCAAGAAUUCCUCAGAAGAUGGCUAACCAAACAUUCAGAAUUCCUGUCGAAUCCACUUUACAUAGCAGGGGAUUCCUACUCAGGCAUCACUAUCCCGGCCAUAGUCCAACUACUUUCCAUUGGAAAUGAAAAUGGCGUCCAGCCAAUGUUAAAUCUCAAGGGAUACAUGAUUGGGAACCCAAUAACAGGUGGUGGAUUUGACAGCAAUGCACGAAUUCCAUAUGCACAUGGGAUGGCACUCAUUUCCUAUGAACUUUAUCAGUCACUGGAGGAAAGCUGUGGGGGAGAGUACGAGAGAAUAGAUCCCACCAACUCGGAAUGCCUCAACAACUUAAAGGCCUUUGAUGAAUGUUUGUCAGGAAUUCAACCAGGAAAUAUAUUGGACCCAGUAUGUAAGUUCGCUUCCAGAAAGCCAGUGGAGAUUGUAGCAAGAAGAAAAAUCAUGCAGGAUAAAGCUCAACCGUAUUUAGCCAUUGAUCCACCAGAUUUUAGUUGCAGCCCGUUGCUGUACUCUUAUGAACUUUGCAAAUACUGGGCUAAUGAUGUGCAAGUCCGCAAAGCGCUUCACAUACGAGAGGUAAAGAUAGUGCUUGCAGUAAAAAAAAUGCUUGGGGAAUUUACACAUUUAGAUCACAAGCCUAAAAUGAUUGUGGUGCUGGUGCUGGCAGGGGACGGUAGGGGAGUGGAUCAGAUUGGAGACCAUGAUAUCAUGGUGCCAUUUUUGGGAACACAAACCUGGAUUCGAGCUUUGAACUAUUCCAUUGUGGAAGAUUGGCGAUCAUGGCAUGUUCAAAGCCAAGUUGCUGGGUAUACGAGGACUUUCUCUAAUGGAAUGACAUAUGCAACGGUUAAGGGCGGAGCGCAUACAGCUCCCGAAAAUAGACCAAAAGAAUGUUUUGCUAUGUUCCGCAGAUGGAUAAAUCACGAACCUCUGUAAAUCAUAAAAGCUCGUCUAUCAAUUGCUCGUAUGACUGGCUCAGUAACGAUUGUUGGUGCCUCAUCAUCACGACUUAGAUCCGCUAAGUCACUUUCACUUACAUGAAAAUCAGAAAUGUCCACAUUACGUUGGUAUGGUUGAUUUUCAUACAUCGGAUCCCCAUGCCCCGCUUCCUCCUUCUCGGGAACAUCGUACAAACUUCUUGGACAUACCUUAUGGACGAUAUGCCAUGCACCACCAUUCUUAAUAUCCGCAAUGUAAAACACUUGGUUAGCCUGACUGGCCAAUACAUAUGGGUCCUCCGUACCGCAUUUUCUAUCCAUGUUUAUGCUCGUCAAGUGUCCAUCCAUCCUUAUUCCAUUCUUCUUGUCCCCCGCAUUGAACCACUCGCACUUGAAUACAAAGACCCGAUGCCCUCCACAAUAUCGCAGCUUAAUAAUGU